CUCUAAGCAACAAGGCCUCCCUCAGGAAGCCUGGCCUCCUCCCCCCACCCCCGGGUUCCAUCUACUGCUCUCAUCAUAAAACCAUGAGCCCAUCUAUCCAGGCGGCCACCCUCACAGCCAUCUGCCUAGGCCCCAUCUGAUCCUUCUUGACACCUGCAGGUCCCAAACCCCAAGAUGUGCCCAUUCUGGAGGCUCCUCACCCUCCUCGGAUUGCUGGCCUUGCCCUCAACACUGAACAAGCAGCCACAGCCUGCCCUGGCCAAGGCCCACAUAGACAGCAAACCUACCCUGGCAAAAAUUAUUGCCCAGGGCCUCAUAAAGUACAACGUAGAAAGUCGAAUCCAGAACAUCCACCUUUUGGACAGUCUAAAUGCCCCAGGGCAGGUGGCCCCAGGGAUGGUGGGCUGGCUAAUUGGUGGCAGGAAACUCCAGCAGCGGCAAUAUAUCAGCAUCAACAUCACCCACAUUCAGCUGGACUAUGGUGGGAUCCAGAUGUCUUUCCAUAAGGAGCAGUUCUCUGCAAACAUCUCACUUGAAUUCGACAUUGAAUUGAGACCGGCCUUCAGUAACAUCAUACAGAUGCACGCACACAUGAACCUCAUCGUGGCGUUCUGGCUGGAGACAGAUGAGUUUGGCCGAAGAGAUCUGGUGAUAGGCAAAUGCCACACAGAGCCCAGCAGUGUCCUCGUGACCAUCCCCCCUGAGGCCAUUCCACCAAAGAUGAAGCACGUGCUCUUCAACUUAAAAGAGAACCUGGAAAAAGUUAUCCCACACCUGGUAGAAGGUCAGGUAUGUCCUCUGAUCUGUGAAAUCCUUGGGCGGUUGGAUGUGAAACUGUUGAAAAGCCUCAUGGGUGAGUGUCUGGUCCAUCCAAGGAGGACUCUUCAGCAUUGGAAAGUGGCUAAAAGAGAAUAGGCUGUUGCCCGUGAGCUCAGCUAACCACGAAUCCAGCCAACCCUUCAUGUGCCAGGCUUGAGGGUCCUCUAGCUGCCUACUGUUGAUCGAAAGGAGAUUCUAUAUCUUGGGACCUUAAGCCUCCUCCAGAGCGGGGCUUCUGCUGCCCUAAAAACCUUUCCCCCAGGUCCUGUGGACAUGCUGUCCUCACCCACAAUAAAGUCUAGCUCUGAAAGGUG